AUGGCUGCUGAUACUUCAGUCGUGGAGAAGCUGGACGCUUUGGUAGCCGACGUUCUCGCGGACUGGAAUAUUUAUACUACCAUUGUUGCCGGCAUCGUCCUCGCUUUUGGUCUUUACUCUGUCAUCUCGUCUCAGGAUCCAGAUGUGCACCCGUUCCUACUCGCUCGCCAAUCGACUGCCGCCCCAAUCCGCCAGCAGAAUGAAUCUGCCACUUACAGAUGCUUGGAAACCCCGCAUGGCUUGCCCCUGCGCUUCGGACUAAAUGUGAAGGACCCAGGCACUCCGAAAUGGACUGGUGGGCGAAGAGGAGACCUGCGCGAUAUCUGGAAGACUGCCAUGCGUGGCGCUUUGAAUGAAGACGGUACCAUGUCUGGUAAACAGGGCAAGAUCUACACUGUGCUUGGUCGAAAGGCCAUCGAACACUCGUUCGAUCAGAUUACCCAAGAAAUGAACGUUAUCGGACACCAUCUUCAGAACUCCGGAGUCAAGACUGUGGCUGUUUGCCUAACAGACUCUAUUGAGCUUCUGGCUACGAUCUUUGCCGGCGCCUUCUACGGAUACAAGACCGUCAUUCUGCCACACAACCUUUCAGCCGAGGCACUAUCAGCGCAUCUGCAACAGGUAGAGGCAGAUGUUCUCGUUGCCGAGGCUGGAUCUCUUGAUCUGUCUGUCAUCACCACAGAUAACAACCAACUAUCGCUUGUUCUUUGGGUCGCCAAAUAUGGCAACCGCCACAUGGAUUGGAACGAAGUUCCCGAGAAUGUCAAGGGCAGCUUGAAAGUUGCUGUCUGGCACGAGUUAGUUGAGGAAUUCAAGGAUCUCGCUAGCUAUGAUGUCCCUCAGUACGACCCAAAAACAGCCACGCCCGCUGUCACCACUGUUUGGCCGUCUACUUCUGAAUCCGGUCAAUUCAUCGAUUUCCAGCCGGAGAACCUCGUGUCUGCUAUUGGGGCCUUGAACUCUACUCUGCCUCGUACUCAGCGUUUCACCCCAACCGACGUUGUUCUUCCCAUUGAUUCUCUUUCUCGCUCUUACCCACUCUGCAUGACUAUGGCUGCUCUGUUUGCCAACUCCUCCAUUGCGCUCAACUCUGUCGCCGGAGAGGGUGUUGACUUUGCCCUGGCCACCGCUGGCGUGUCUCCCACGGUCAUUGUUGCUUCAUCGCAAACUAUGUCUGAGUACCACGAUAGAAUCAUGCGCCCUCACACUGGUAUUAUCUCCUCCCUGGGACGUUGGCUUCAAGCAAGAACUUUGGAUUCUGGAAACAUGCCAUCUCGAAACUUCUUGAGCCAGUUGGCUCGUGUCGGUCCAACCGCCGAGCUUUCACUGGAUAAACUGCGCCUGCUCUGCAUUUCCCACCGCGUUGAUGGUGACAGUGCUGUCCAUCUCAGCUCCGAGCAAUUGACCGAGCUCAGGAUUUUCACCGGGGCUCGUGUUGUUUAUGCUUUGACCGGCCCUGGUGUUGCUGGCGCGGUUGCCCAAACAAACGCCUUUGAUUACAGAUGCCUCACUGGUCCUAGCCACUUUGGCGCCCCAUUGAGUAGCACUGAAAUUACUUUAACCAAAGUUCCCGCAGGCUCUCUCGAUGGCGAGGAAGUAGGACAGAUCACCGUCUCCGGUCCCGCUGUUGUGGGCGAGAAGACCGCUCUGCCAGGCCGAGGCCGGAUCAGUAAGGACAACACCCUGGAGUUGUCUUCAUAA